UAUGUUUCAAAAGUAGCAAGUGGAAAAUAUCUUCAAUCAUUUAAAUAUUCAUUUUAUUGAGUACCUAAAAAACGAAGUUAUAUUUAAUCUCUUUAAACCUAAACGAUUACGUAAAUUUGUAAUGCUGCUUAUUGAAAAAAAAUUGGAAUGUUUAAUAAAGGUCUUUGAACUGUAAAUGGAUGGUUACGAUGGAAAAUAAACGAAAUGGACACAGUUAUACAAAUAAAGAUCAGGAGAUACCAUUUUGGCUUGAUAAAAUUACAACGGAGAUGAAAGAAACACAUAUACAGAAUAAUGGCAGUGAACCGAAUACCACACUUCAGGAGGCAGUGUUUGAAAAGUUUGGAAACUAUAAAUUGAUUCGUAGAACUUCACUAGACACUACAAUGGAUGUAGUAGUAAAAAAUCACAUACAACCAGUGGCAUACUCGGCUGGAGCUCUAAGACACAAUAAUAAAGGGUACAAUGCAAACGGUCGCCGUAAGUACGAAAUAAGAAGCGACAUUGACUGGGGGGACUCGACUUCCAAUGAUUUCCUCUCCGAUCUGCUGCCCCACUACGUCACGCCUAGGCCUUCAAGAUUCAAUAGCGCUAUCGAUGAAGACUUCCAAGAUGUCAUACUGGCCUCUAGGCUACAAGACAAUAAGCCUCGUAAAAAACAUCCCAACGAACCCUCGGUAAAUUCUCAACACGUCACAGUAAAGAAGAGAUCUGCUGUUAAAUGUACAACCAAAAAUCCUACGGCAUUAAGUUCAAAAUCGAAUAUCUAUCAAAAGGAUAAAAAUAAAUGCGAAUUUGUGAUCCCCGAGCUCCCAGAAGGCAGGCUGCUUGAAAUGAAGAUUUACUCGAAUUGGGGUGAUAAAUAUUUAGUAGGUCUGAAUGGUAUAGAGCUGUUUGAUUCUAACGGAUGCAUAGUGGAUAUUGAAAAGAUUUGGAGCGAUUCAGAAACGGGUGAUCAGUCGUUGUACGGACGCGUGGAGACCGUGUGCGACGGCGUGGUCCGCAGUAGGGACGACAAGCACGCGUGGUGCGCCGCCGCGCCGACCGCCUCGCCGCUCGUGCUCUCGUUACUACUGGCCUCCAGAGUCAAGCUUGCACUGCUCCGAAUAUGGAACUACAACAAAUCGCGGAUUCAUUCGAUCCGAGGGAUAAGGCUUGUUCAAGUAAAACUCGACGACCAAGUCGUGUUUCACGGGGAAAUAGCCCGAGCCAGCGGUGAACUGACCGGGCAUUUGUCUUCGUUCGGCGACAUGAUUCUCUUCACGAAAGACCCUCUUAUCUUAGAAGCGGUUAUGGAUAACGACAAGAAUUUCAAAGUAUUACUCAAAGAUAGCGAACCGAUGACAGAUCCUAGUGCAAUUGACAAGCGACCGACGACAGCUAAUGAUAGCCAACACAACUUGAGCCCUAAUGCUUUGCUCGACUCUUUAGAGGAUAAUGAGAGAGAAGCCAAAUAUAUGGCAAAGGAAAUUAAACUGACGCUCAUGUCGAACUGGGGUCAGAAGAAUUUGAUCGGACUAACUGGUAUCGAAAUUCUUUACAACGAUGACCCGAUCGUAGUGCGCAGAGCCUACGCGUAUUCGACCUUCAUAAACGCAGCCCAAAACUCCGACGCCCUUGACACGGUGGAGUGCUCGGCGCUGUUCAACGCGAGGAACAUUACGACUGAUCACGAGGACAUGUGGUGCGCGAGCUUCUCGGCCGAUACCAAGUUCUGUCAUAUCGUCAUCCAGCUCGCAGAACCUACCGAGAUUACAAGCAUCCGAAUAUGGAACUACAACGCGAAUAUGGAGCUGUCAUACAUGGGGGCGAAGCACCUCAGGGUUAGUCUGGACGGGUCAGAGCUGCACUACCGGCCGGUGUUGCUGCGCCGCGCGCCCGGACACGCCCACUACGACUACGUGCAGCACCUGGACCUGGCCUCCGUCGACGACAGAUUCGAAGACGCCAAGGAUACGGACAGUUUCCGCAUGGACUGUCUGGUUUACGGCACCAACUUGGACAUGGGCGCUCCCACCGGCUUCGUACUGCAGCUGAACAUAUUCUCGACCUGGGGCGACCCCUACUACGUCGGCCUGACCGGGAUACAGCUGUACGACCCCCGCGGAAACCUCGUGCCGGUCACGCAGACCAACGUCUGCGCUCAUCCGGCCAGCGUGAACGUGCUCGACUCUAGGGCAUUAGACGUGCGGACUCCGGACAAGCUUAUCGACGGUAACAAUGACAGUGUCGGUGACGGGGCACACUCGUGGCUAGCCCCGCUACUGCCCAAUACGCUUAACAGGGUGUUUUUCGUGUUCGACAUCCCGGUCUCAGUCUACGGGCUCAAGAUAUGGAACUACGGGAAGACGCCGUCGAGGGGCGUUAAGGAAUUUGGGGUUUUAAUGGAUGAUCUUCUCAUAUACAACGGGACAUUGGACCGCGCCGAGCCGGGAGCCGGCUUGUCUCCGCAGUGGAUAUGUCUACAAAACGUGGAUGUCGACGUUUUGACUCCAAGUCCGUCUGACGGCAGUCUUCGCACGACCACCAGCGGCUCCAACGAGUUCGCGGAUCCGAGCGCGAGGCCGCACACCGGCGUCCCCUGUGCCCGACCCUCGCAGAAACAUAGGCACUGACAUCCUCGUACAUACAGUUUGAAGAUCGUAAAUAAAAGUCAUGAUUGGUUGAGUUGAAAGUAGUGAAUUUAAUUCUUCACUAGAUGAAGGACCAAAGAAUAGUAGAUACAUAGGUGUUAUAUAGGACUAGAAUAAAUUAGAAAAUAAAAGGAGAAAUCUUGAUGAAGAAAUAGAAAAUGAACGCUACGUUUAUGAAAUAAGUAAUUUUGGAACAAGAAUUCGUCAAUUACCUUAUAUUUUCUUUUUCAAUAGAAUCUUAUAAGUGAAUUAAAAUUUGCCCCAUUAGCAUUAGCAAUUUUCUUAAAUUGAGGGUAGUUCGCACCGAGAAACGCAAUCUAAUUUUUCUAAGAUUAUUAUUCUUGUAAACAGCAGUUCAAAGAAUAUUUUGUUAAAAAUGCUUCGUAGUUCGGACACUAUUUUUAUUAAUAGAAAACAAAUUUAAUUAAUACGUGAUACAUUUUGUACGUAAACUUACAUACAUAUGUGGGCUCACAAGAGGCCCUACGUUACGAAUUUAGCAAUUAAUUUAUCAAUUUUUAUCGAUUAUAAGUGACAUCAAGAUUUAAAGACUACUUUUAUAGUUCAAUAUCUUUUGUCAUUAUAUUGUUGCCAACGUUACGAAAACAGUUUAUGGGGUCACGUAAGACUGACCAGUCAAUGUGAAACAGUAAAAGUAAUUUUACUUAUGUUUGCGAUUCGCGAAAAUCGACCAAAAUAUAGCUACUCUAAAAUCAAGAUACCAUACCUUUAGAAUUGAAUUGUGGUAAUAUUAAAAAAAAAAUUAUACGCGUGGUACUUGAAUGAAGUGAAACUUCUUUUUUUUUGUUGCUUUUGUAG